UUAAUCAUCGAAAGUUAAUUUACAAAGUGACAAGAUGAGUGCUGGAAUGCCUGAGUUAGGCUCCAAAAUAAGCCUAAUAUCAAAAGCCGACAUCCGUUAUGAAGGCCGUCUCUUCACCGUUGAUCCCCAGGAAUGUACGAUUGCUUUAGCUAGCGUGCGAUCUUUUGGUACUGAAGACAGGGAGACUCAGUAUCCAGUUGCUCCUCAGAGCCAAGUCUAUGAUUACAUCUUAUUCCGCGGCUCUGACAUCAAGGACAUCCGUGUGGUCAACAAUGUACCCUCCUUACCCAACGACCCUGCCAUUGUGCAGAUGUCUGUACCACCAUCAAUUGGAAGCGGUAACCAAGGGCAAUAUGUGGGGCAGUAUAACCAUCCAGUUGUGGGACAAACACAGUAUCCACAAUAUUAUCCGAUGGGUGGGUUUCCGAGCAGUGUGCAUCCUCAAAUGAAUAAGACGAGUGAGUUGUCCCCACAAACAUCAGUGGAUCUGGCUCCGCAACAACCCGUUACAGCUCCUAUUGGAUCCGGAGUUGUACAUCACAACCAAGUGAAAGACCAAGGUUCCAUGCUAGAUUUGAUUGGAGGAGGGUCCCAACAAAGUGCAUCUCGGUCAGGAACACCAGCAGCUGUGGGACACAGGAAGAGCCCUACUGCGGACCAGGGUACCCAGCAGGUCGGUACGGGCGCGAGCGGUUCCUCCCAGCGCGAGUCCCGCCGCGGCGGCUCUACCAACAAGCCGGCGAACCGCCCGCGACAGAACUCGCGAAGCCGCCAACGGCAGUCCAGCGGCUCCCAACCCUCGCAGCCCCAGCAUCAACAACACCAACAACAACAUCAACAACAUCAGCAACAGCAGCAGCAACCCCACCACCACCACCAGCCCGGUGAGCUCAUUGAAAGCCAAGGGUACAACAGGGGCGGUUGGAGGGGUCGCUCGCGCGGGCGCGGCCGCGGGUUCGUCCCCCGCAACAAGAACACGCUCAAAUUCGACAAUGAUUAUGACUUCGAGCAAGCUAACACCGAGUUUGAGGAGCUUCGCAGUCAACUGGCCAAGGCUAAGAUCUCAGACGGCGACACGAAGGUGGAGAACAAUGGCGAAGUUGACAAGAAGGACGAUUCGGGCAACGAGACCGGCGCGGGCGAGGCGGAACUGGAAGAUGAUUUCACGGGAUACGAUAAGAAGAAGAGCUUCUUUGAUAACAUCUCGUGUGAGGCUGUUGAGAGGCAAAAGGGUCGCAGCCAGCGGACGGACUGGCGGACGGAGCGCAAGCUGAACUCGGAGACGUUCGGCGUGGCGUCCGCGCGCCGCGGCGCGUGGCGCGGCCGCGCCGGCUGGCGCCACCCGCACAACCCGCACAACCCGCACCACCAGCCCAUGUCGUACUUCCCGAGCUGGCGGGCGAUGCGCGGCGGGCGCGGGCGCGGCGGCGCGCCGCAGCACGCGCAGCCGCACGGCGCGCACAGCAACCACAACCACGCGAGCGCGCACCGCCAGCGCAGCGCGCCCAACGCGCCGCCCGCGCAGCCGCCCACCGCUACUGACAAUUAUGAGGCCGUAACUCUUUUAACAAGAACUGGCAGCAUAGCUGGACAAUACCAACAACAUCAAAUUGAUCACCAUAGGGCAACAAAUAUUGAACAUUAUCAGAUGUUACUGCACAAGUACCUGUGUAAGCAUAAUCUAAUAUCAAGCUCAUAUAAUAACUGGAUAAUAUGCAACCUGUGGCAUAAAGUUGGAAUGUGCAUAAAUGUUUUAUUACUAGCAACCCUCAUUUUGUUAAAUGUCAACGUCAACCAUUGUUAUUGUCUAUUUUUGUCUAUAGACCCUCUUUUUCAUCCGGUUGUCAAUAUGGGUGUCGACAUCAAUCAUAAACACGACAGGAAGGUUCGGCGCACCGAAGUUAAAUCUAAGGAUGUGUACCUUAGGUUGCUUGUGAAGCUUUACAGAUACUUGGCCAGACGUACUGAUGCCAAGUUUAAUCAGAUCGUAUUGAGGAGGUUGUUCAUGAGCCGUAUUAACCGUGCGCCUAUCUCCCUGUCGCGACUGGCUCGUCACAUGAAGAAGCCCACUCGCGAAGGUUUAAUCGCAGUGGUUGUCGGCACCGUGACCAACGAUGUGAGGCUGUACAAGGUCCCAAAAAUGACUGUAGCUGCCCUACAUGUGACUGAGAAAGCGCGUGCGCGUAUCUUGGCUGCUGGAGGUGAGAUCCUGACAUUCGAUCAGCUGGCACUCCGUGCGCCCACUGGCCGCAAGACCGUUCUUGUCCAAGGCCAGAGGAACGCCCGUGAAGCUGUGCGUCACUUUGGCCCGGCGCCAGGUGCACCUCGCUCACAUACUAAGCCCUAUGUGCGUACAAAGGGACAUGAACGCGCAAGACCACACCGUCGUUCAAAUGUUUAAUUUUUUAAAUAUAAGGACUACUAUCUA